CUUUCAUUUAUGAAUAUAUAAAUAUGCGUAAAAAUUUCGCAUUUAGUUCAUUACCAAAAUUCGCGAACGACACUUGUGACCAUGAAUUCAACGAAGAGCUUAAUUUUUAUCAUCGCGUUGUUAUUCGUUGUUGCACUUGCAAGAGGAGUUCCUGUGGUCAGUUCUCCAUAUAAUAGUCAAACUAACUCAGAUCUUUGCACGGAACGGAAAACCAAAGGCUUUUUCGCCGACCCAUCUGAUACGGAUUGCACCAGAUAUAUCAAUUGUUAUAACCUAAAUGGCAAGUGGCAGACGAAACUAUUGAAAUGUCCUGAGGGGCAAUUCUUUGAUGCUUCUUUGAGCAUCUGUAGCAGUCUAUAUAAUUGCCCACUUUGAAAGCAGACUGUAACUGAGAUGUAAUUAGUCGGUCAAUCUAUAACAUAUUAUAUUAAGUUGUCGUUUGUCUCUAUAGAUAUGCGUAAUUUAUUGUAUCUGAUUUGUAUCAGUAACGUCACGUAUAUAAUAUAUAGUACCGUUAAAAAUGCUUUUUAGGUUAUAACAUAAUUAAUGUAAAUAAAUCUUAACCAUUACUUUAUAAUGGGAAAAGUCAAAGAGCCGCUAUGUCUUUACAACUACGCGACAGAAGACUAUGUAAAUCUCUCAAUGGGAAAAAUGGGAAGUCAACCUGAAGUAAUGCAAAAGUGGUUCCAGGGUGAGCGUCGUUCGGUUUUUAGUGACCUGCAAGUGGCACACACCGUUGCUGUGACGACCCCAUUGAUGAUGCGGAAAAGUAUCGGUCAAUAUUCACAUUUUUUAUUUUAAUAAAAUUGAGUAAACAUAUUUUCUAGACCACAAUAUGACUGAACAUUAAAAAUUAAUAAUUCUUGUAGAUAAUAAGGGAUUUUCUUU